UUAAUUGACAAAGUUGACCAAGUUCCAUACCUAGCUGUGGCGCCAGAGAUUAAAUGGAGACAAAAACGUGUGAACUUUGCGGCAUGAAAAGCAGCAACAGUGAUGUUGAUACUUUUGCAUUUGGCAAGUGGAUAAUUAGGCAGAAACUAACCUUCCACCACUACUGCUUGCUUUUAUCGACAGAUUUGCCCCAAUGCGGUGGCGACUCGUGCGGCAUUUUGGGCUUCCUGAUGCGCGACAUUCGCGAGGUAGCCGCCGCCGCCAAGAAAAAAAUUUGCUGCUUCUGCAAUAAGACGGGCGCCAACAUAGCGUGCCAUAAGUGCCGCAAACGCUUCCACUGGGCCUGCUCCCUGAACCACAAUGUCACCUCAGAGUUCUGUGGAGAGUUUCACAGCUACUGCGAAGAGUGUACACCGUUCGACGGCUACCAGCGACAGCUGUUGGCCAAUCCGCCAGAAAAUCAAAACUGCGGCAUAUGUUCGCAGGUCAUUCAGCCCUUCAACCUGCACAGGGUCUCCUAUGGAGACUGCUGCCGUAAAGGCUUUGCCCACCGGAAAUGCAUGCGUGGAUACGCCCUUACCUCGGGCUACAAUCUGCGCUGCAUCUGGUGCCACAGUGAGAAGUUUCGCGACAUCAUUCGCAAGCAGUCGAUCUUCGUGCCGGACGCCACCUGUGAGCGGCAGAAUAACGCUUACAAGGAGCUGCACCGCAAGCACAUGCUAUGCGCCCAGGAAACGUGCCUAUGCCCCAACGGACGAGACUUCAACAAGAAUACCUGGAUCAUAUGUCCCUGCAAGCUGUGUUCCUCGACCGGCGCACACCUGAAGUGUGUGGCGGGCAUGUCAAGGCAGGCGCGUGGCUCCGAGUCCGUAGACUUCAUUUGCGAUAUCUGCCAGGACGUUGAGAAAAAGAUUCUGCUGAGUAACCAGCACCGAUCCAUGCGCACAGCCUUGGACACUGACCCAACGGAGGAGGAACAAAUCGAUACAUCCUUUUAUGUGGCCAAGACCACACACGAUCCGUCAGUGCACUCAAACAGCACCGCGGUGCCGAUUUUCUCCGACGAUGAAAACUCGGAAGUUUCUGAUGUCAGCGUCAUAACGGUGAUUGCAUCCCAGGAAAGGGCAAAAAAGCUCGAUUUAGUGGAAGCACCGAAGAAAUUGGAAGAAGAGAUAAUCGUGCUCCCUGAUUCCCAAUUGACAUUGCAGCCUGAUCUGGAAUCUUUCUCAGGUCUAAUUAUGCGGCAGACGGUCACCAAGCCAGCACCAGCACCCGAUUCUCCAGUGCGUUCAAACACUGGCUCAGUUUCGGUUUUUUCCGAGGAGGAACAAUCUCAAAAUAUCGCCAGCCAGCGAUAUAUGACAGGGAUGGCAUCCCAGCAGACAUCCAGUGGUGCCACUAACGAAGGGGAAAAGGUCACAUUGCCACUAAGUAGCUUGGAAGAGAUCCCCGACGUUCAAUCCCAUUCCCAGUCUGAUCAGGAAUCUGCUCCAGGUUUGGUCAUAGCGAAGACCUUUUCCUGCCCCGGCGAGCCAUUCUUCUUUGUGGUAGUAUUUACGUUUGAUGAGCGUUGGCCGGAACGUUGCACUGGCUCCUGCACCCUUCGCUUUGCCGAUGAGGACCCUAGGCUCAAGGAUCGAUCUCUCGAGGUCUUACAAAGACUACGAAUCACCAGAGAAGACAUUUGGUCUCGAUCCACAAAUCGCGGCGUCUUUGGACAAAUCGAUCUGGAAAAAUAGAGAGUGUUUAUUUUUUAUCCUUUGCUAUAAUUAAUUGUUCGAAUAUCUUUAGACACGAGAGAUUUUGCAUUCUCUCAUAGCCUUUCAAUCAAGUUUCCAAUAAAGAUAAGUCAUGAAGAUCAGUCAA